AUGUCUGUCAGCACCACACUGGUGACCAGUUCUGAGGCUAGCACCCUUUCAACAACUCCUGUUGACUCCAACACUCCUGUGACCACUUCAACUGAAGCCACUUCAUCUUCUACAACUGCUGAAGGUACCAGCAUGCCAACCUCAACUUAUACUGAAGGAAGCACUCCAUUAACAAGUAUGCCUGUCAACACCACACUGGUGGCCAGUUCUGAGGCUAGCACCCUUUCACCAACUCCUGUUGACACCAGCACACCUGUGACCACUUCAACUGAAGCCAGUUCCUCUCCUACAACUGCUGAUGGUGCCAGUAUGCCAACAUCAACUCCUAGUGAAGGAAGCACUCCAUUAACAAGUAUGCCUGUCAGCACCACGCCGUUGACCAGUUCUGAGGCUAGCACCCUUUCAACUACUCCUGUUGACAUAAGCACACCUAUCACCACUUCUACUGAAGCCAGUUUAUCUCCUACAAUUGCUGAAGGUACCAGCAUACCAACCUCAACUGUUAGUGAAGGAAGCAUUCCAUUAACAAGUAUGCCUGUCAGCACGACCUCGGUAGCCAGUUCUGAGGCUAGCACCCUUUCAACAACUCCUGUUGACUCCAACACUCCGGUGACCACUUCUCCUGAAGCCAGUUCAUCUCCUACAACUGCUGAAGGUACUAGCAUGCCAACCUCAACACCUAGUGAAAGAAGCACUCCAUUAACAAGUAUACCUGUCAGCACCACGCUGGUGUCCAGUUCUGAGGCUAACACCCUUUCAACAACUCCUGUUGAUGCCAACACUCCGGUGACCACAUCUACUGAAGCCACUUCCUCUCCUACAACUGCUGAAGGUACCAGCAUGCCAAUCUCAACUAGUGAAGGAAGUACUCCAUUAACAAGUAUAGUUGUCACCACCACGCCAGUGGCCAGUUCUGAGGCUAACACCCUUUCAACAACUCCUGUUGAGUCCAACACUCCGGUGACCAGUUCUACUGAAGCCAGUUCCUCUCCUACAACUGCUGAAGGUACGAGCAUGCCAAUUUCAACUCCUAGGGAAGGAAGUACUCCAUUAACAAGUAUAAUUGUCACCACCAUGCCAGUGGCCAGUUCUGAGGCUAACACCAUUUCAACAACUCCUGUUGACACCAGGACAAGUGUGACCACUUCUUCUCAAGCCAGUUCAUCUCCAACAACUGUUGACAGUACCAGCAUCCCAACCUCAACUCCUAGUGAAGGAAUCACUCCAUUAACAAGUAUGCCUGUAAGCACCAGGCCAGUGGCCAGUUCUGAGGCUAACACCCUUUCAGCAACUCCUGUUGACUCCAACACUCCGGUGACCACUUCAACUGAAGCCAGUACAUCUCCUACAACCGCUGAAGGUACCAGCAUGCUAACCGCAACUCCUGGAGAAAGAAGCACUCCAUUAACAACUAUGCCUGUCAGCACCACACUGGUUGCCAGUUCUGAGGCUAAAACCCUUUCAACAACUCCUGUUGACACCAGCAUACCUGUCACCACUUCUACUGAAGCCAGUUCCUCUCCUACAACUGCUGAAGGUACCAGCUUGCCAACCUCAACUCCUAAUGAAGGAAGUACUCCAUUAACAAGUAUGCCUGUCAGCACCACAACGGUGGCCAGUUCUAAAACGAGCAUGCUUUCAAAAACUCCUGCUGACACCAGCACACCUGUGACCACUUAUUCUCAAGCCAGUUCACCUCCUACAACUGCUGAUGGUAUCAGCUUGCCAACCUCAACUUAUAGUGAAGGAAGCACUCCACUAACAAGUAUGUCUGUCAGCACCACGCUGGUGGUCAGUUCUGAGGCCAGCACCCUUUCCACAACUCCUGUUGACAUCAGCGCACCUGUCACCACUUCUACUGAAGCCAGUUCAUCUCCUACAACUGCUGAAGGCAGCAGCAUACCAACCUCAAGUCCUAGUGAAGGAACCACUCCAUUAGCAAGUAUACCUGUCAGCACCACGCCGGUGGUCAGUUCUGUGGCUAAUACCCUUUCAACAACUCCUGUUGACACCAGCACUGCGGUGACGACUUCUACUGAAGCCAGCUCAUCUCCUACAACCGCUGAAGGUACCAGCUUGCCAAUCUCAACUACUAGUGAAGGAAACACUCCAUUAACAACUGUGUCUGUCAGCACCAUGCCGGUGGCCAGUUCUGAGGCUAGCACCCUUUCAACAACUCCUGCUGACACCAGCACACCUGUGACCAGUUCUACUGAAGCCAGUUCCUCUCCUACAAUAGCUGAAGGUACCAGCAUGCCAAUCUCAACUCCUAGUGAAGCAAGUACUCCAUUAACAAGUAUACCUGUCAGCACCACUCCAGUGGCCAGUCCUGAGGCUAGCACCCUUUCAACAACUCCUGUUGACACCAGCACACCUGUGACCACCUCUACUGAAAGCCAUACAUCUCCUACAAUUUCUGAAGGUACCAGUAUGCCAACCUCAACUCCUAGUGAAGGAAGUACUCCAUUAACAAGUAUGCCUGUCAGCACCAUGCCGGUAGUCAGUUCUGAAGCUAGCACCCUUUCAGCAACUCCUGUUGACACCAGCACACCUGUCACCACUUCUACUGAAGCCAGUUCAUCUCCUACAACUGCUGAAGGUAUCAGCAUACCAACCUCAACUCCUAGUGAAGGAACGACUCCAUUAACAAUUAUACCUGUAAGCAACACGCUGGUGGCCAGUUCUGAGGCUAGCAGCCUUUCAACAACUCCUCUUGACUCCAACACUUCUUUGACCACUUCUACUGAAGCCAGUUCAUCUCCUCCCACUGCUGAAGGUACCAGCAUGCCAAGCUCAACUCCUAGUGAAGGAAGCACUCCUUUAACAAGUGUGGCUGUCAGCACCACAACGGUGGCUACUUCUGAAACGAGCACCCUUUCAACAACUCCUGCUUACACCGGCACACCUGUGACCACUUAUUCUCAAGCCAGUCCAUCUCCUAUAACUGCUGAAGGUACCAGCAUACCAAUCUCAAGGCCUAGUGAAGGAAGCACUCCACUAACAAGCAUGCCUGUCAGCACCACGCCGGUGGUCAGUUCUGAGGCUAACACCCUUUCAAAAACUCCUGUUGACUCCAACACUCCGGUGACCACUUCUACUGAAACCAGUUCAUCUCCUACAACCGCUGAAGGUACCAGCUUGCCAACCUCUACUACUAGUGAAGGAAGCACUCCUUUAACAACUGUGUCUGUCAGCACCAUUCCGGUGGCCAGUUCUGAGGCCAGCACCCUUUCAACAACUCCUGCUGAUACCAGCACACCUGUGACCAUUUCUACUGUAGCCAGUUCCUCUCCUACAACUGCUGAAGGUACCAGCAUGCCAAUCUCAACUCCUAGUGAAGGAAGAACUCCAUUAACAGGUAUACCUGUCAGCACCACUCCAGUGGCCAGUCCUGAGGCUAGCACCCUUUCAACAACUCCUGUUGACUCCAACAGUCCUGUGCUCACUUCUACUGAAGUCAGUUCAUCUCCUACAUCUGCUGAAGGUACCAGCAUGCCAACCUCAAUCUAUAGUGAAGGAAGCACUCCAUUAACAAGUAUGCCUGUCAGCACCUCGACGGUGGCCAGUUCUGCAAUCAGCACCCUUUCAACAACUCCUGUUGACACCAGCACACCUGUGACCACCUCUACUGAAACCCAUACAUCUCCUACAACUUCUGAAGGUACCAGCAUGCCAACCUCAACUUCUAGUGAAGGAAGUACUCCAUUAACAAGUAUGCCUGUGAGCACCAUGCCGAUACUCAGUUCUGAGGCUAGCACCCUUUCAACAACUCCUGUUGACACCAGCACACCUGUCACCACUUCUACUGAAGCCAGUUCAUCUCCUACAACUGCCGUAGGUAUCAGCAUACCAACCUCAACUCCUAGUGAAGGAACGACUCCAUUGACAAGUAUACCUGUCAGCAACACUCUGGUGUCCAGUUCUGAGGCUAGCACCCUUUCAACAACUCCUGCUGACACCAGCACAGCUGUGACCACUUCUACUGAAGCCGGUUCCUCUCCUACAACUGCUGAAGGUACCGGCAUGCCAAUCUCAAUUCCUAGUGAAGGAAGUACUCCAUUAACAAAUAUACCUGUCAGCACCACUCCAGUGGCCAGUCCUGAGACUAGCACCCUUUCAACAACUCAUGUGGACACCAGCACACCUGUGACCACCUCUACUGAAUCCCAUACAUCUCCUGCAACUUCUGAAGGUACCAGUAUGCCAACCUCAACUCCUAGUGAAGGAAGUACUCCAUUAACAAGUAUGCCUGUCAGCACCAUGCCAGUAGUCAGUUCUGAGGCUAGCACCCUUUCAGCAACUCCUGUUGACACCAGCACACCUGUCACCACUUCUACUGAAGCCAGUUCAUCUCGUACAACUGCUGAAGGUAUCAGCAUACCAACCUCAACUCCUAGUGAAGGAACGACUCCAUUAACAGUUAUACCUGUCAGCAACACGCCGGUGUCCAGUUCUGAGGGUAGCACCCUUUCAACAACUCCUCUUGACUCCAACACUUCUUUGACCACUUCUACUGAAGCCAGUUCAUCUCCUACAACUGCUGAAGGUACCAGCAUGCCAAGCUCAACUCCUAGUGAAGGAAGCACUCCUUUAACAAGUGUGCCUGUCAGCACCACAACGGUGGCCAGUUCGGAAAGGAGCACCCUUUCAACAACUCCUGCUUACACCGGCACACCUGUGACCACUUAUUCUCAAGCCAGUACAUCUCCUAUAACUGCUGACGGUGCCAGCAUGUCAACCUCAACUUAUAGUGAAGGAAGCACUCCACUAACAAGUAUGCCUGUCAGCACCAUGCCGGUGGUCAGUUCUGAGGCUAACACGCUUUCCACAACUCCUGUUGACACCAGCACACCUGUCACCACUUCUACUGAAGCCAGUUCAUCUCCUACAACUGCUGAAGGUAGCAGCAUACCAACCUCAAGGCCUAGUGAAGGAAGCACUCCAUUAGCAGGUAUGCCGGUCAGCACCUCGUCGGUGGUCAGUUCUGAGGCUAACACCCUUUCAAAAGCUCCUGUUGACUCCAACACUCCGGUGACCACUUCUACUGAAACCAGUUCAUCUCCUACAACCGCUGAAGGUACUAGCUUGCCAACCUCAACUCCUAGUGAAGGAAACAGUCCAUUAACCAGUGUGCCUGUCAGCACCACAACGGUGGCCAUUUCUGAAACGAGCACACGUUCAACAACUCCUGCUGACACCAGCACACCUGUGACCACUUAUUCUCAAGCCAGUUCAUCUCCUACAACUGCUGACGGUGCCAGCAUGCCAACCUCCACUUACAGUGAAGGAAGCACUCCACUAACAAGUAUGCCUGUCAGCACCAUGCCGGUGGUCAGUUCUGAGGUUAACUUCCUUUCAACAACUCCUGUUGACUCCAACACACCAGUGACCACUUCUGCUGUUCCCAGUUCAUCUCCUGCAACCGUGGAAGGUACCAGCUUGCCAACCUCAUCUCCUAGUGAAGGAAGCACUCCAUUAACAAGUGGGCCUGUGAGCACCACAACGGUGGCCAGUUCUGAAACGAGCACAGUUUCAACAGCUCCUGCUGACACCGGCACACCUGUGAACACUUAUUCUCAAGCCAGUUCAUCUCCUACAACUGCUGACGGUGACAGCAUGCCAACCUCAAUUUAUAGUGAAGGAAGCACUCCACUAACAAGUAUGCCUGUGAGCACCAUGCCGGUGGUCAGUUCUGAGGCUAACACCCUUUGCACAACUCCUGUUGACACCAGCACACCUGUCACCACUUCUACUGAAGCCAGUGCAUCUCCUUCAACUGCUCAAGCACACGUGUCACCACUUCUACUGAAGCCAGUGCAUCUCCUACAACUGCUGAAGCACACCCAGCACAACCAGCAGAGGCUGCACUACUUCUGCAUCAACGCUUUCUGCAACCAGUACACCUCACACCUCUACUUCUGUCACCACCCGUCCUGUGACCCCUUCAUCAGAAUCCAGCAGGCCGUCAACAAUUACUUCUCAAACCAUCCCACCUAUAUUUCCUCCUGCUCACUCCAGUACACCUCCAACAACCUCUGCCUCCUCCACGACUGCUUUGGAGAUGGGUGCCAGAAUACGGCCUCUCGCUGCAAAAAUGGAGGCACCUGGGAUGGGCUCAAGUGCCAGUGUUCCAACCUCUAUUAUGGGGAGUUGUGUGAGGAGGUGGUCAGCAGCAUUGACAUAGGGCCACCGGAGACUAUCUCUGCCCAAAUGGAACUGACUGUGACAGUGACCAGUGUGAAGUUCACCGAAGAGCUAAAAAACCACUCUUCCCAGGAAUUCCAGGAGUUCAAUCAGACAUUCACGGAACAGAUGAAUAUUGUGUAUUCUGGGAUCCCUGAGUACGUCGGGGUGAACAUCACAAAGCUACGUCUUGGCAGUGUGGUGGUGGAGCAUGACGUCCUCCUAAGAACCAAGUACACACCAGAAUACAAGACAGUAUUGGACAAUGCCACCGAAGUAGUGAAAGAGAAAAUCACAAAAGUGACCGCGCAGCAAAUAAUGAUUAAUGAUAAUUGCUCAGCCAUGAUGUGUUUCAACACCACUGGCACCCAAGUGCAAAACAUUACGGUGACCCAGUACGACCCUGAAGAGGACUGCCGGAAGACGGCCAAGGAAUAUGGAGACUACUUCGUAGUGGAGUACCGGGACCAGAAGCCAUACUGCAUCAGCCCCUGUGAGCCUCGCUUCAAUGUCUCCAAGAACUGUAACUUCGGCAAGUGCCAGAUGUUUCGAAGUGGACCCCGGUGCCUCUGCGUGACCACGGAAACUCACUGGUACAGUGGGGAGGCCUGUAACGAGGGCACCCAGAAGAGUCUGGUGUAUGGCCUCGUGGGGGCAGGGGUCGUGCUGAUGCUGAUCAUCCUGGUAGCUCUCCUGAUGCUCGUUUUCCGCUCCAAGAGAGAGGUGAAACGGCAAAAGUACAGAUUGUCUCAGUUAUACAAGUGGCAAGAAGAGGGCGGUGGACCAGCUCCUGGGACCUUCCAAAACAUUGGCUUUGACAUCUGCCAAGAUCCGAAUUCAGAGGCCUCAGGUAAUGACGACAUCAUUUUAAGGCAUGGAGCUGAGAAGUCUGGGAGUGAGGAGAUCCCAGUCCGGCUAAGCUUGGUGGAGCAUUUUCCCAUUGAGAGCCUUCCAUGGGAACUCAAUGUUCCCAUUAACAUAAAAUCGGAUGCUUUUGGGGUUGAAGACAACAAGAGAGAGAUUUGCAGUGGAAAGAGGACCAUUCCUUGA